GAUCCAAGCUGGCUCCGGAGAAGUGCAAAGAAAUAAGGGGAGGGGGGGAUAAUGUAAAGGGAGGAAGACCCUUUCCUUCCUCAAUGCUUGCAAGGAGCGCCUCUGGCCAUGCAACUCAGAGAGAGGCUAGAGAGAGAGAAAGUCAAGAACAGGCACCCAGGGCUUCCCUACUCCCUUCUACAUAACCAGUGGUGGCUGCUUGAGAAGAUAACCUCCAGGCAGGAUUUCCUCUUUCGGUUCUCAGCAGAUGCUCUGCUCCUCCUCCUCCUCCUCCUCCUCCUCCUCCGAGGUUGCCCCACAGCCUUGACAGCAGCCUGAGCGCUUCUCCGUUGCCUUCAUGUCAACGCCAGACCCAGGCUGGCUGGCACAAGGCAGCUCUUUUCAUUCAAAGGCUGGCUGUGUCCCAGCCUGAAGCUUCUUGAUAUGGCUCGAUUACUGGAAUUGUGCCUCCUCCAAAGCUUUGUCUUCUCCUUAGGGCAGUUGCAAGGUCCGCCAGGAGAACCUGGGCCACGGGGCCCUCCAGGCCCACCCGGUGUGCCAGGAUCGGACGGCAUUGAUGGUGACAAAGGUCCACCCGGUGCAGCAGGUGUUCCGGGAGCGAAAGGAGAUCCAGGCCUGCCAGGACCAGAUGGAGCUGCAGGAAAACCCGGAAUAGAUGGCGUUACGGGAGCGAAAGGAGAGUCAGGCCGUGUUGGGGGACCAGGUCUCAAAGGCCAGCCUGGGCUUCCAGGACCACCAGGGCUUCCAGGACCCGGAGUUCCAGGGCCUCCCGGACCCCCAGGUCAAGUUGGACUUCCUGGAGAAAUGGGACCUUUGGGACUUAAGGGGGAACGUGGACCAGAUGGACCACAAGGGCCUCCAGGACCUCCUGGAAAGCCAGGCCCAAUUGGUCGCAUCCAAGGAGCUGAGGGCAGUGCUGAUUUCGUGUGUCCAACCAACUGCCCACCUGGACUCAAGGGGCCUCCAGGUUUACAGGGGUUGAAGGGACACAGAGGCCGAUCAGGAGCUUCUGGAGAGCCUGGAAGACAAGGCCGGCCGGGUCCAAAGGGUGAUGUGGGCCUGUCUGGGGAACAAGGCAUUCUGGGUCCUCCGGGCGCAGAAGGACCCCGUGGACAUCCAGGAAUGGCAGGGCCAAAAGGGGAGAUGGGUCCUCAAGGUUACAAAGGCAUGACUGGGAGUAUUGGAGCUGUUGGUCCCCCGGGUGAAGAUGGUCCCAGGGGCCCCCCAGGACCAAUUGGAGAGAAGGGAGAACUUGGUCCUCGUGGAUUCAGAGGUUCUCAGGGCGAAAUGGGCCCCAAAGGAACACGGGGGCUUCCUGGGAUUGAUGGCAAAGAUGGAUUUCCUGGCACUCCUGGGGUGAAGGGAAGUGUGGGUCAACCAGGCCUUCCAGGGCCUCUGGGACAUAGAGGAGUGGCUGGUUUGCCAGGCACUCCUGGGAGCAAAGGUGGUCCUGGAGAGAAGGGCCAGCUCGGGGCACGUGGUCCAUCAGGCUUACCUGGGCCAUCUGGAAAAAUUGGAGAGCCGGGUCCAGCAGGAGCAGUGGGUCCCCAAGGCAGCGCUGGCUUGAAAGGAGAUCCGGGUGAGAGGGGGCCCACAGGACCUCCAGGGCCACAGGGAAAAGUGGGCCCUAAAGGCGAGCAGGGCCCGCCUGGAAUUCCGGGGCCACAAGGCCUCCCUGGAGUUAAAGGCAGCAAGGGCUUCCCAGGAAAAAGUGGGUCCAAAGGAGAUGUUGGGGAUCCUGGUGUUGAAGGCCUUUCUGGAGAAAAGGGGCAGAAGGGUGAAUUGGGUGAACCUGGACCAAAGGGGCAGCAAGGUAUCCGUGGGGAGGCUGGUUUUCCUGGACCUCCUGGAGACAUCGGAGCACCUGGAGUCAGAGGUUUCCCAGGAUCUCCUGGCCCUCGAGGACCUAAUGGGGAACGUGGCGUACCUGGAAUACCUGGGUUGCGAGGUGCCCCAGGCAGGGACACCGGAGACCAGCAUAUUGUUGAGGUCGUGGUCAAAAUGCUGCAAGAACAACUGGCUGAGUUAGCUGUGAGUGCGAAAAGAGAAGCUUUGGGUGGAAGUGGCACGAUGGGACCACCUGGGCCACCAGGGCCUACUGGAUCACCUGGCCCCCAAGGCCCCCACGGACAUCCAGGUUCCCGUGGUCUUCCAGGAAUCAUAGGAGCUGUUGGACAGAUAGGCAACACCGGGCCCAAAGGAAAGAGGGGUGAGGAAGGAGACCAGGGAGAACCUGGCCAUGGUCAUCAAGGGAUGCCAGGGCCUCCAGGCAUACCAGGUCCCCCUGGUCCCCCUGGUCAAGCUCUCAAUGGCAAACAUGGAGAGCGAGGUGUUCCAGGUGCUCCAGGAGAAGCCGGACGUCCUGGUUUACCUGGACCUCCGGGCCUUCCUGGGUUUUGCGAAGCAGUUGUCUGCCUUGGGGCCUCUGCCUCAGCUCAGCUAACUGAAGUAGGUUCCGUCAAAGGACCUUCAUAUUGAAUGUUCUCAAGUGAAAGAGUUCCAUGGUUGACAUCACUGAUUCAUCAGAAGCUUCACUACUUGCGUUAAGCAAUGAACACACCAGGAUUGGGCCCAAAGAGAUGUGAAAGCCACCAAUCCAAAACCUCUUGACUGAUGAGAAACCUUUGCUUGGAUCUGAGCAUCCAUGCAUAUCCAGUCACCUUUGUUGGUGAGAAGACGCUUAGACAAUUCUGAGUGGCGCCAAGUGGACAUCCAUAUACAUGCCAACAUUGCUGGUAUCUUGGAUCAAGCUUGAGUUUCUCAUUGAAAAGAUUGCUUCUUUUUUAUUUAUAAGAAAUAGUAGAGUCCCCCGCAAAAUUAUACACUACCUUGAGAAAAGGCGGGAAAAUUCUCAUUUUGGGCCCCGAUACUUUUUUUGAGGUAAGAGUUCCACACGGUAGCAUUUUUAUGUUUUUGAGAUCCUGGGUGCUUUUUCUUGGAGAUGUUUCAUUACCCAUCUAGGUGACACCAUCAGUACUAGAAGGGAGUGGGACAAACCCCACUCCCUUCUAGCACUGAAAACGUUACCUAGUUUGGUAAUGAAACGUCUUUAAGAAAGCAGCCGAGGUCAGAGAGCAGCAAGGAACCAACAGUUCAGCCUUGAACUACAAAUAGUCUCUUCUGUGUUUCAGUCUGUUAAGGAUUAUGAAAUAUUACUAUGUGGGAGAAAUUCAAAAUUCAGAUCGAAAAAAAAAUCCUUGAAAAAUGAUGUCACUUUUGUUUCGGUCUGUUGAUUUUUUUUUUAAUCACUUGAGGUUUAUUUCUGACAAGCACCUCAUCAUGAAAAAAGAACAUAGUAAAAUAUGUUACAAGGUGUCUCCUUUCUCAAACAAAAAACCUCAUGAGUGAGUUGAGAUAAUUCUUGAUUUAUUGCCCUCCGUGGCCCCAUCAUUUCAGCUGCUUUUGUACUGAGUGCCCAAUUUUUUUUUAAUGUUUUGGGUCAAUUAAAUAUUAUUAUAUCAAGUUGGUUGAUGGAAUUGAUCUGUCCAAAUUAAUUGCAUUUUUAAUUACAAAAUUAGCCUUUUUGAUCUCCCUUUUCUAUUAUAGUUAUUAUUUAAUGAUGAAUGAUACUCUGCCAAAAGCUGUAAAUCUUUGUAAAAUAAGGGUUUUUAAUUACUAAUUAAAAAUAUUUUUUCUCCACAAAAGAAAACAAACAACAUAAAGAACGAAUAUCGGUGAACUUAA